CAGGAAAGCACAUGUCUGUGUUAGUUAUUUUUGUGUUCUUGAGCUAAACCUUCAACCCCAAACUGCUCCAGUAAUAAUCUGAACUUCCUCUUCUCUGAAGUAGUUGAAUCACUAUAUGGUGAAUGCAGCUGAGUGUCAGUCGCUCUUCUGUCAGAGUGAGAAGUGACUGUGUGACUGAAGCAGCGUCACACUCUUCUGCUGGAGACUGGACUUUAGAGAAAUGAUGCUGAUCUUUGGACUGAUGCUGCUGCUGCAAACUGCUGCAUGUGUGGAGUGGAACUGCAGUUUUAAUCAAUCAUAUCCCUGUUACGCAGCCCUGGGAGACAAACUCAAUCUGCUGAUGGUCCGGGAUGCCAGUGAAUAUGACCUGAAUUUAAAAAAGAGAAUAAACAACACACAAGAUGAUCAAGUUUGUAGAGUAAAAUAUGGCAGGAUGAAGGAAUGUGAUCUUUAUAAUAACAGAACUGAAGUGACAGUCAUUAAUGGGACUGUGAUAAUAAACCGUGUGAUCAGAGCAGAUUCUGGAAAUUACAGAUUAACACUCACCGAACACUCAGGUGGCACAGAAACAUCUAGAGAUCUUCAAGUGAUUGUUGAAGCUCCAGUUGCCUCAGUGGAAGUGUCAAUCAGCUGCUCCUCCAAUCAGAGGUCAGUGUCCUGCUCCUCAGAGGGGGAUCAGCUCCUCUACAGCUGGACUCUGAAUGGAGAUCCACAGAUGGAUGGAAACAGCAGCAUUGAUCUGGAUGAGGGAACUGAUGGAAACAUCAGCUGCAGCGUGAAGAACCACGUCAGUCACGUACAGAAGACCAUUAGAAUCAAAACCUGUCCUGGUCCAGAUCGUUUUUGCAGUUUUUAUCAAUCAGAUUCCUGUUACGCAGCUGUGGGAGACGAUCUUAAUCUACUGAUGGUGCGGGAUGCUCGAGAUCAAGAGCUGCAUUUGUAUAAGGAGUUAAUGGAUAGCAGAGAACUGGAAGUUUUUAGAAUAAAGAACAAAAAAGAGAAAAAACAUGAAUCCAUCAGAAACAGAUCUGAGUUCAUCUUUGAUAAUGGGACUCUGAUAAUAAACCGUGUGAUCAGAGCAGAUUCAGGGAAUUACAGAUUAGAAUUCUAUCACUCAGACGGUUUAAGACCGUUUAAAAAGCUUCUUCGUAUUAAUAUUGAAGCUCCUACUGGCUCAGUGGAAAUGUCAAUCAGCUGCUCCUCCAAUCAGAGGUCAGUGUCCUGCUCCUCUGAGGGCGAUCAGAUCAUCUACAGCUGGACUUUGAAUGGAGAAAUACUAGAACAAGGACCAAUGGAUGGAAUCACCACCAUUCAGCUAAAUGAGGAAACUGAUGGAAACAUCAGCUGCAGUGUCAAGAACCACAUCAGUCACGCACAGAAGACAAUUAAAGUCAAACCCUGUCCUGGUCCGGAUCGGUUCUGCAGUUUUAAUCAAUCAGAUCCCUGUUACACAGCUCUGGGAGACAAACUCAAUCUGCUGAUGGUGCUGAACACUAGAGAAUAUGACCUGAAGAUAUGUAAGAGGAUAUACAACACUCAAGAUGAUCCAGUUUGUAGAGUAAAAUAUGGCAGGAUGAAGGAAUGUGAUCUUAAUAAUAACAGACCUGAAGUGAACAUCAUUAAUGGGACUGUGAUAAUAAACCGUGUGAUCAGAGCAGAUUCUGGGAAUUACAGAUUAACACUCUUUCACUCAGACGGCACAGAAACAUCUAGAGAUCUUCAAGUGAUUGUUGGAGCUCCUAUUGGCUCAGUGGAAGUGUCAAUCAGCUGCUCCUCCAAUCAGAGGUCAGUGUCCUGCUCAUCUGACGGGGAUCACAUCAUCUACAGCUGGACUCUGAAUGGAGAAAUACUAGAACAAGGACCAAUGAAUGGAAACACCACCAUUCAGCUAAAUGAGGGAACUGAUGGAGACAUCAGCUGCAGCGUGAAGAACCACGUCAGUCACACACAGAAGAACAUUAGACUAGUCUGUCCUACUGGACCAACUACUGCAGCUGUGACCUCUAGUUUGACCUCUGCAUCGACACAGACACCAGAAUGUGUGUGUUCAGUGUCUGUGGUGUUUGUUCUGGUCUGGUGUCUCCAGAUGAUGGUUCUGUUCGGUCUGUUAGGAGCUUUUCACAUCUACUUGAGACACACGUCAGGAAAGAAACAGGAAGAUGAGAAAGUGAGAAUGAGAAGAUUUAGAGAGCGACAUGAACACACAGCAGAAGAUUCAUGACAGCAGCAGCAGAUCUUCACAUCUGUGAGAAAUGACUUCAGAAUCAGUCCAGCUUUCACCUGUCAGCAGCAGGAGAUCUUACAGAAUAAAGCCAGAAGACAUUUUCUGCAGUUUUAGUUAAGAAUCUCUUCUUUGAUUAGAUGAU